UUAAAUUUGCCAAGCAAAAUGCUGUCACAUUGAAAUAAAUACCAGCACUGUCCACUAGCUGAGCUAGUGAUGAGUGACUACUAUUUAAAGGGUUACUCUUCUAAAGGAGUUGCGGUUGAUUCUCAUUUCUAAUUUACUUUGUGCCUAUCGAUAAUUGUUUUAAAUCGUUAACUAUUCAAACAAAUUCUUUUGAUAGUCCUGAUCUUUAGUAUUUUGCUGGUAGCUAGUAUAUUUUUUUGUUGUGCUUAAAUGCGGCCAUCCUAAAUAUACCGACCAUGUGAACUAGCCGGGCGCUGCCAGCGCCUUUGCAACUUGCACGCAGCAUGGACGGAAUUAACAAAUACAAUGAAUUUGUGGCGCUGCAUAAGCCGCAGCUGGAAUCUUCGGCGGUGCCAGUGCAUUUCUGGCCGGCGCUCUACCGUAAACUGACCACGGACAACUUUGAUGCUGGUGAGGCUCUGCAAUUAUUGCUCAUCGACUACGAUGAUGACGAGGAUGAGAAGCAGGAGGAGGGUGUUGAUGAUGACAAUGCCAAGCCAGCGUUUGCCCUAGAAGUAGCACGCGAAGCGGGCAUAAAGGCAAGUGAUCCGCAAGCCAUUUUUUUAAUAGAUCACGCCUGGACGUUUCGGCUGAACAGCGCGCGUCAGCAGCUGGAGCACUAUCCACAGCUGGCGGAUCGCUUGUCCGCCAUCACCGGCGUCGAUCUGGAGCAUGAGCAGCGCAUUGACAAAAUAUUGAGGCGCCUGUGGAGGUAUUGUCAUGCCUAUUCCAUUGCCAGCGAAGGCUUAACCGAUGAGGAGCGCAUGCCCAUUUGGUAUGUCAUGGAUGAAGUUGGUUCGGCAGUCAAUCAUUCGGAUGAGCCCAAUUUUCGGGUAGUGCCCUUGCUCUACCUGAACACGCAGACAACAUACAGCUUGCUGUUUCCCAUUCGGGAUUGUGAACAAGGUGCGCCGGUAACGCGCGACUUUGCCGAGUAUGUGUCAAAGGAUGCGCCGCAACGUUCGGCCCUGCUGCUGCCUUGGCAAGAGACCGAUUUGAGUGGGGAGAGCUUUUUGCAGGUGGAGCCGAGUGCGGAUUACUUUUCCAGCGGCCACAUACCAGAAACAUAUCCGGAGGAGAAAAGCACCGUUGUCGAAGCGCCGCCUGCUCGCUGUGAUCCCUUGAAGGUAUACGCCCAGUAUGAUGUGCUGCGCGAGCAUCUCACAGCUCCCGAAUUUGUGCUGGUCGACAACGAACAGGAUGCGGAUGUGCUCUGGCUGACCUGCCACUAUAAGAAUUUCGCGGAAUUUGCACGCGAUACGCCACACAAGUUCAUCAAUCAGUUUCCCUUCGAGUAUGUCAUCACCAUCAAGGAUUUGCUGGGUAUUGUCGGUCGUCGUGCUGCAAAGGAGCAUCACAAUUCCGAGACGCUGGACACGUAUCCCACGUGGCUGCCCACCACCUAUAAUUUGUCCACGGAACUGCGCGAAUUUGUCGCCUACUUUCAGCAGCGGGCGGCGAAACGUUUGGAUAACCAUUGGAUUAUCAAACCCUGGAAUCUGGCACGUGGUCUCGACACCCACAUCACGGACAACAUUAAGCAGAUUGUACGUUUGCCCGCAACCGGACCAAAAAUAGCCCAAAAAUAUAUCGAGCGACCCGUGCUGUUUCAUCGCGACGAACUGAAUGCUCAGGUCAAAUUCGAUGUGCGCUAUGUGAUGCUGGUGAAGCGCGUGAAGCCGCUGGAGGCCUAUGUGCAUCGCAAGUUCUUUCUGCGCUUCGCCAAUCGGCCCUUCUCGUUGGACAGCUUUGAUGAUUACGAGAAGCAUUAUACGGUGAUGAAUUAUCAGGAGCAGGCACAGCUGCAUCAUAUACAAUGCGAUGAUUUUUUGGACAUGUGGCGUCAGCAGUAUCCCAAACACGACUGGGCCGUUGUGGAGCAACAGAUCUGCGGCAUGCUGCACGAGGUGCUGCAGUGCGCCAGCCAAGCGCCGCCGCCUUGUGGCUUGGCGCCCUGCGCUCAGUCCCGCGCCCUCUACGCGGCGGAUAUUAUGCUGGCCUGGACGGGCAGCGGUGUGGAGCAGCACGGCAUGCAGCCAAAGCUGCUGGAGAUUAACUGGACGCCCGACUGCAAACGCGCCUGUGAUUACUAUCCGGACUUCUUUAAUGACAUCUUCAAGCUGCUGUUUCUCGACGAGCAGAACAACGAGAUGUUCAGGCUGCUGACGGCAAAUGGACAAUGAUCCCGAUCUUUUAUAUUAAUUAUACUUUUUAACUAAUUACUAAAGUUCAUAAACUUAUGCUAGAAGCAUAUGAAUGUUAAAUAUUUUGUUUGGA